UUCCCCGAGGACAGUCACUCAGAGCAAAAGUAAAAUACUGUGAAUGCCAGAGAUCUGAAUUCAAAACAGAUUUAAAGUGACAGGCCCAUGACUGUUUGUUUUCAGUAGCUUGUUCCAUUGUGGAUUAAACCAGAAUGUUACUGGAGAGACUCAGCAGUCUGAUUUCUGACAGUGUCAUACAGGACUCAAAACAUUAAUCAACUUUCACCCUCCACAGUUACUGCCAAACAUGAUCCAGCUCUUUCAGAUUUUAAUCCACAGUGUAACAAACUGACAAAUCUGUUAGAAUUCUUUGAGGAGGUAGCAAGCAAGUUACAUAAAGAAGAGCCCAUGGGUGUGAUCUAUUUGGAUUUCCAGAAGGCCUUUGACAAGGUGCUACACAGGACGCUGCUAAAUAAGGAUCAAUGAGUCACUUCUACUUUUUGCAGCUAAAGAAAAUAAAGACCAGGAUAUUUUUAAACUUGCUCAGUGUCCUUCAUUUAACCCUUUGGAAACAGGCAUACUGGGGGAGACAGCAUUGCAUGUAGCCGCUGUGUACAAUGCCAACAGGGCAGCAAUCGCUCUCCUUGAUAUGGCUCCUGAACUCAUGAACAUUUCAAUCUCAGGCGAGCUCUAUGCAGGGGAAACAGCCCUUCACAUUGCUGCAGCAAAUGGAAAUGUGCAGCUGGUGAAAGAACUGAUAAGUCACCGAGCUGAUGUAGUCACAUCUUGUGCCACUGGGACAUUCUUCAGGAAAAGCAGCAAAAGUAUCAUUUACUAUGGUGAGCACGUGCUGUCCUUCGCGGCUUGUGUUGGGAAUGCAGAAAUCGUCCGCAUUCUGAUCGAAAAUGGGGCAGACAUUAGGGCACAGGAUUACCUCGGUAACACGGUUCUGCAUGUUCUAGUGCUCCAGCCUAAAAGGCCCUUCAUCCCACAGAUGUACGAUAUAAUUUUAUCCUACGACAAGGCAGAGAAUGAGCCUGCAGUUGACAUGAUCAUCAACAGGAAUGGGCUGACUCCCAUCAAGCUGGCAGCAGUCGAAGGAAACAUUCAGAUGUUCCAGCACCUAUUGCAGAGGAAGGAGCACAAUGUGCAGCGACCGUAUGGCCCCCUGACCAGCACUUACUAUGACCUCUUGGAGAUUGAUUCAUGGAAUGAUGACCUCUCUGUGCUGCAGCUGGUGAUUUCCAGCAAAAACAAGGAGGCCCUAAAGAUCUUUCGCCUAUCCCCUAUGAAGGAGCUCCUCCAAUUAAAGUGGAAUAGCUACGGAAUGUAUUAUUUCCGACUUCUGGCAUUCUUGUACCUUGUCUACAUCACCAUCUUCACCUUCUGCUGUGCCUACCGCCCACUUAAACCAAGGCCCGACAAUGCCACCAAUGAGAGAGACACCAUGUUGUAUGUUGAGAGGACACUGCAGGAAAGCUAUGUAACUUAUGAAGACCAUGUGCGAUUAGUGGGUGAGAUUAUCAGUGUGCUUGGAGCAGUCAGCAUCGUUCUGUUGGAGAGUCAUGACAUAUUGAGGUACGGACCUAAGGAAUACUUUGGAAAAACUGCCCUGGGUGGACCUUUCCAUGUCAUCAAUAUCUGCUACGGAGUGCUAGUAUUGGCCGUGCUCGUGUUAAGACUGACAUCAAUGCCUGGAGAGACCAUCCCCAUGUCCUUUGCACUUAUCCUUGCCUGGUGUAACCUCAUGUACUUCGCUCGAGGUUUUCGCUUGAUGGGACCAUUCGCCAUCAUGAUCCAGAAGAUCAUAUUCGAGAUUAUCCUGCCCUACUUGGUGCUGAUGCUCAUUCUGAUUCUGGCUUUCACAUGCAGCGUCCAUCUGUCAUUCCAAAUCUUGGACCCUGCAAAGUGGGAACGCUUUGUGGAUUUCAGCACCGUCCUCUUCACCAUCUACCUCCUCUUCUUCGGCCUUGUUAACAUGCCCCUCAACUGGGAGGUGAUCCAGCCUGAUAUGGCCCGCUUCCUCUAUGCUGUUUAUACCCUGCUGGCUUUUGUCAUCACGGUAUUCCUUGUCAUCCACAUUAUGGGUGAACUGAUUCGCCGAGUGUCAAAGCAACACGAUGACCUCUGGAGGGCACAGGUUGCCUCCACAACGCUACUGCUUGAACGUCGACUCCCAAGAUGCCUGUUUCCUCGUCUGGGAAUCUGUGGAAAGGAGUAUGGACUCGGAGACAGCUGGUAUCUCCGAGUGGAUGACAGGAACGAUAAUGCUGUCCUGCAAAUCCAAACUUACAACGAAGAUGUGGACGCCAAAGGAUGUGAGGGAAGGCUGAAGAAAGGAGGGACAUCGGAUAAGAGUGAGAGGUGGCACCGACCACGCCAGGGUUGGCAGAUGGUGCGACACAGAAAGAUGGGUCAGAAUUGUCGUGACCUUUACAACGAGAGCAACUCUGAAUCCUGUCUUAUUUAAAGUCCCAAAGAUAGCAAUCCUUCACAUCAUCCUCUUCCAGUGCCAGACAGCAACUGCUCAAUAGAUCACAGACAAACCAACAAUUGGUCCUGGUCUUAGCUUUGCUUUCUGUAGAUUAUUCAGCUCGAGAUGACCCCAUUGAAUUUUUGUUUAAUGUAAACUGUAAGAUCCAAAGUAUUUUUCUCAAGGUUUUUGAGAGGCUCCCAUGCCCCAUUUAUUGAUGUGAGUAUAACCACUCCUUACAUUGCUGCUUAAAUUCCCGACUUACCAGAGUUCUAAAAAAUAUUCCAUCAUGCGUAUUUUUACAUACACCUAGGAGACAAAUGCCCCUGCUCACCCCUUGUUCAGAAAGGGUACAGAAUGCUAAAUGGCAGCAGUAUAUACUCUUGGUGUUGCUGAAUGACAGACGCAGCGCUGUGUCCAAUCAUUGACAUCCUCAAUAUUGAGACUUUGGGCCUGAUUUUAACAUUCCCUCAAGUGAGUGAGUUUUGACUGUGUUAAAAUCAGGGUCAAAUUAAACUGGGCUUAUGUUACAGAAAGAAAAAUGCUCAGUCUCUUUCCUGUAGAUGGGUUUCUUCACAGAGUGACCAUCAUCUCAACUCAAACUGUCAGGGAGAUAAUGGCCUAGAGCACAGGGAAGCAGAAGGUUAAAUUGGGAAUGUUACCUUUCUGGCACUUUCUGACCUCCGUUCAGUCCCCAUGGCCAUAAUUGGAUUUCUGAUCGGCUGUUACAUAAUCCCCAAGUGUUUAAAUUAAACUAUUCCUGCGCUCGGAGACAGGCUCAAAGUCAAGGGGAUAGGGACAGGUGGAAGACAAGUAACCCUUCAAACCCACUCUAUCAGUUAAUUAGAUCUUGGCAGAGGACUGAGAGUUUUACUCUGAGCCUAAUCCACACCAUACUUUGCCAGGGAAUGAUGAGGCAGUGUAGAAAAGGUUUUAUUUUAUACUUAACAACAUGCUGCAUAUGGAAUGACUUAGCAUUUACAUCACAGAGGCAGACCAUUCGGUCCAUCUGGUCCAUGUUGGUGUUUAUGUUCCACUUGAGACUGCUGCAACUAGAUUUAUCUACCCCCACCCUCCUCCCAUAUCCCCAGGCUCACUUCAUUAUCAGGUAUACACAAAGCCUCUGUGAUGUUCUCUGCUUCAAACCCUCCACGUAGCAGCAGACUCCCCAUUCUAACCACUCUCUAACUUCAAUUUUAACAACUCCUCAUCCAGUCAGACUGGUGUGUUGCUUGUGGGGGUGGGAUGGGGCGUGGGCUUUUGUUACCAUGCCGAGUCCACUUACUGGCCUGACCCUCAUGUUUAGCCCAGACUCCCAUUCCAAGCAGGCAGGGGGCCUGCUUUAUAUUUGUGUCAGUGGCAUGUCCUAAACUGAGUAUGACCCAACGGCCAAAAGGCAAUGGGAGCCACAAACAGGUCAAAUGAGAAUAAAGGAGACUGCUCAAGAUCUCUUUGUGGGAGAACAAGAAGCUGCAGUGCCCUACCCAGCUCCUGUAAACAGACCAAGGGCCCUACCCAACACUGGACAUCCCCCAUCCAGGACGAAAAUUCCCUAUCCCCAAAUGCAGCUUUACACGCUGAUCCCUGAUUCCAUAUAUAGGCUCUCCCUCCAAGCCGACACCCUGGGCCCCUCCAUAACUGAUCUCCAACAGUUUUGGUAUUUCUCAUGAUUGAUUCCAGAUCCUUCAAGCUUCUACUUGCAAAGUCAGUGACCCUCUUUGCCCAGGAUACAACUCAAUGACCGUCUUAGGCAGAUAAGUGGAACGGAGGCUGUUAUCAAUUCACUAUGUGAUCUUAUUGAAUGGCAGUGCAAGCUUUUCUGCUCCUAAUUUUUCUGCUUGUAGAUUCUCCAUUCACUGCCUGCUUGCACAAUGUGAUGUUGGUAGUGCCUUUGUUCACAAGGUGAGGCACAAUGUGAAGGGCAGCACUAACUCGCAGGGUGCUAGAUGGGCUGAGUGGAAUUGCAGCAGAAAGGCUUCCUUGAGACAGCUGCCUUACUCUGUUGUGGCACUGUACUCUCCAAAGGGCAAAGACUUAAGCCAUUCACCUUCUGUAAUACUCUGGGGAAUUUUUUUAAACAAUAAAUUGUUGUGCAUUGAACUGA